AUGGUAGUGGAGUCAACAGAGGAUGAGACCACUGGGAAAUUCAACCAAGCCAGCCGAGUGUUCCAUCGCCGGUUCGAUAUGCCCGCCAAUGAGAACUUAGUCAACUACUACAGCAGCUCGUUUUGGCGCGAAAUGCCGCGCCAAGG